AAUGGUGGAUUGGCUCAUAAAUACCUUAAGAAUUUAGCUCUAUCUCCUAUAGGCCCAGAUAAACUAAAGACUAAAUUAGUGUAUGAAGUUGAUUUCAUUACUCGUCAACACUUGCAUAGGUGGACUACACAAAGUGAAGUUGAUGUCAAAGAAGCAUGUGGAAUUGUAAUCAUUUCUUAACUCAUGAACCAUUACAUCUCUUUCUUUAAUUUAAUAUUCCGUUAGUUUCAUGAUAAGUGAUAGUAUUUUUAACUUGAUCAUACCCUUAAGAAAAUUACUCAUUCCCAGAAAGUAAAAAGUAUUUUUACUAAGGUUCCUUAAUCAAAUGUCGUGAAAAAAAUAGCUCGUUAAUGAUUUCAUGGUUAUGUAAAACUACAUUUAUUUAAGUAAAAGUAGAAUCGGAAGAAAAAUCAAUGCCUUCUAGAUUUUGUGAAACACUACUUAUUUUGAAAUAAAAUGAAAAGGUUAAAGUACCCCUUCCGUAUUAUGAAACGGAAAGGGUACUUUAUCUCAAUUUAUGUGUCGGUAUUUGAAUUUCGAAAGUUAAACGAGUUUUUCUUUGAUCGUAAUUUUUUCAUAUAUUUUUUAAAUAUUUUAAAUUAUUAAUUAAUGUGAUUUAUAGUACUUUUUAUGUAGUUUUCAAAUAUGUAAGUUUUAUUUGAAAAAAACACUUAAGGAUUUUAUGUCUAAAUUUAUGAUCACAAUUUUGAAAUUUGUCGCCCGAAAUUCGAACUAUAACACAUAAACUGCGAUAGGAAGCAUAUAUUUGCUGCUUACUUAGUUGUUUUUUCCUAUAAUAUAGAUGUUGUUCAUAUUUAUUGCGAAAAAAAUCCUUGGUAUGAAUGAAGAAGAGGCAUUGAAACUAAGAGGACAUUACAAAGUCUUUGCCAAUGGCUUUCUCUCUUUUCCAAUUAAUUUGCCUGGAACAGCUUUCCAUUCCAGUUUGCAGGGGCGUAAAAGUGCUAUAAAGAUGAUCAAAGACGUUUUCAAGAAAAGGAGGUCAUCCAAGGAGAAAGCAAAUGAGCAAGACUUCAUAGAUUAUUUACUUCAAGAAAUAGAGAAUGAAGAGACAUUUAUAACUGAAGAAAUUGCAGUGGAUUUAAUUUUCAUUGUUAUAUUUGCGGCCCAUGAAAAUACUUCUUCAACCAUGACACGACUCUUUAAAUACCUCACAGAGUAUCCUGAUGUUUUAAGACAACUAAAGGAAGAACAUGAGAACAUACUUAGAAAUCGAGAAGAUAAGUAUGCUCCAAUUUCAUGGAUUGAAUACAAGUCCACGAUCUUCACACAUAAGGUUACAAAUGAAACACUAAGGCUUGCAAAUAUCGCCUCGGGAAAAUUCAGAAAAGUACUAAAGGAUGUGGAAAUCAACGGAUAUACGAUUCCUAAAGGAUGGACAAUGGUCGUGUGUGCACAAUCAAUCCAUUUAGAUGCAAACAAGUAUGAGAACCCCCUUGAAUUUAAUCCAUCGCGAUGGAAGGAUGAAGAACUACAUAGUGUAUCCAAAACAUUUGUGGCGUUUGGUGGAGGAAACAGAAUGUGUGUUGGAGCUAAUCUCUCAAAGAUGCAAAUAUCCAUUUUCCUCCACUAUUUGAUGACAAGUUAUAGGUGGAAAGUUUCAAAUAAAGGAAACAUUACACGACAACCAAAUUUGAACUUUGACGAUGGGAUACGUAUUCAAGUCCUUGAGAUUCAACGAGAAAAUAACAAAGAAAUUAUUACUCAAGUUGAAGGAGUUUAAUACCCCAGGGUCCUUUUAUUUUCUUUAAUAUUGUUUGGGCUGCGCCCCAUCUAUCUUUUUCAUGUACAUUAUCAGUUAAUAAAAUUGUUAAUUCCCGUAAAUUUUCAUUUACUUUUAGUUUAUAUAUUAUGUCCCACGUUGUGCUAACUGUUUGUGUUAUGUGUUGGAAAUGAUAAAA